AGGGCCAAACCUCUAAACUCUGUCUACUCGUACCCUCCCGAUUACAGUGUCUCUAGACUCUCUACACCGCGACUUUUCCUGCUGUACUCCGAUUUCACUUUCUAAUUCACUCAUUCAUCUCUCUGUUUCCCGGGGAAGUCUUAAAAGAAUUCCUUAAAAAAUCGGGUUUGCGGUUUCUUUUUUUUGCUUUGCUGGGAAAAUCUGUGUUUUUAGGACCGUUUAACUGAGAAGGAAAGAACCUUUGCCCUCUAUGGCCGCCCCAAAACCUCAAAAGAGGUCUCUGGAGGAAAUCGAGGACAUAAUCCUCCGGAAAGUCUUCCUCGUGUCUCUGACCGAUACCGUGGAGUUAUCAUCCGAUUCCCGAAUCGUGUACUUGGAGAUGACCGCGGCCGAGGUUCUGAGCGAGGGCAAGGAAUUGAGGCUUUCUAGGGAUUUGAUGGAGCGGGUCCUGAUCGAUCGGCUCUCCGGGAAUUUUUCCUCGGCAGAACAGCCCUUCCAGUACCUGGUCGGCUGCUAUCGCCGCGCCUUCGACGAGGGAAAGAAGAUCGCUUCCAUGAAGGACAAGGGUGUUAAGUCCGAGAUGGAGUCGGUGGUGAAGCAAGCCAAGAAAUUGUCGGUCUCGUAUUGUAGGAUUCACUUGGGGAACCCUGAGUUGUUCCCGAAUCCGCUGAAUUCGAAUGAGAAGUCACGUUCGAGUAAAUCACCUUUGUUGCCGCUGAUUUUCUCUGAGGUUGGGAGCUCGGUGGACGGGUUCGGAGGUAGUAGUGCUGGUGGCACUCAAUGCCCCCCUGGUUUCUUGGAAGAGUUCUUUAGGGACUCGGACUUCGAUAGCUUGGACUCGAUAUUGAAGGGGUUGUAUGAGGACUUGAGGGGCAGUGUUAUUAAGGUUUCAGCGCUGGGGAACUUUCAGCAGCCUUUAAGGGCUUUGCUGUAUUUGGUUAGCUUCCCGGUUGGCGCCAAAUCAUUAGUGAAUCACCCGUGGUGGAUUCCAAAAGGCGUUUAUUUGAACGGCCGGGUUAUUGAGAUGACGAGCAUAUUGGGCCCCUUUUUUCAUGUUAGCGCUCUGCCCGAUCAUGCCAUUUUCAAGAGCCAGCCUGAUGUGGGGCUGCAAUGCUUUUCAGAAGCAUCAACUCACCGACAAGCUGAUUUAUCAUCAUCAUUUACCACAAUCAAAACAGUCAUGAACAACUUAUAUGAUGGUCUAGCAGAAGUUCUUCUCUCACUCCUUAAAAAUAUGGACACCCGUGAAAAUGUUCUUGAGUAUCUUGCAGAGGUGAUCAAUACAAACUCGUCGAGGGCUCAUAUCCAGGUUGAUCCUCUAUCUUGUGCAAGCUCAGGCAUGUUUGUCAGUCUCAGUGCUGUCAUGCUUCGCCUGUGUGAGCCUUUUUUAGACGUGAACUUAACAAAAAGGGAUAAGAUUGAUCCCAAAUAUGUAUUUAACAGUAACAGAUUGGAUUUAAGAGCGUUGACUGCUCUCCAUGCAUCAUCAGAAGAAGUUGCUGAAUGGCUUAAGAAAAACAAUUUGGGUAAAACUGAUGGCUCUAGACAAGAUACUGAAGUUGAAAAUCGGUUGCUACAAUCUCAAGACGCCACCAGUUCUGGCAGCACUGCCAGUGGAUCCUCUAAUGCAAAGCUGGCAUCAACUGGUGAUAAAACUAAAUAUCCAUUUAUUUGCGAGUGCUUCUUUAUGACUGCAAGGGUGCUCCACUUGGGUUUAUUAAAAGCAUUCUCUGACUUUAAACAUUUAGUUCAGGACAUUCAAAGGUGUGAAGAUGCUCUCUCUACUCUUAAAUCCAUGCAAGGGCAUGCUUCUACACCAGCGUUGAAGCUGGAAGUAUCUCGCCUUGAGAAAGAAAUAGAGUUGAAUUCACAGGAGAAGCUUUGUUAUGAAGCUCAGAUGUUGAGGGAUGGAGCACUUAUUCAGAAUGCUCUUUCUUUCUACCGGUUAAUGGUGGUUUGGUUGGUUAGCCUUGUUGGUGGAUUUAAGAUGCCUCUGCCAUCCACAUGCCCAAUGGAAUUUGCAGCUAUGCCAGAGCAUUUUGUGGAAGAUGCAAUGGAGUUGCUUAUAUUUGCUUCACGGAUUCCAAAAGCUUUGGACGGGGUCUUGCUGGAUGACUUCAUGAACUUUAUUAUCAUGUUCAUGGCAAGUCCGGAAUUUAUUAGAAACCCUUAUCUUAAGGCAAAGAUGGUUGAAGUGCUGAACUGCUGGAUGCCCCGUGGAAGUGGCCCUUCUGUUACUGCUACUCUGUUUGAAGGGCACCAACUGUCUCUCGAGUAUCUUGUGAGAAAUCUUCUGAAACUUUAUGUCGACAUUGAGUUCACUGGUGCUCACAAUCAGUUCUUUGACAAGUUUAACAUCCGUCAUAAUAUUGCCGAACUUCUCGAGUACCUGUGGCAGGUCCCUAGUCAUCGUAAUGCUUGGAGACAGAUUGCCAAGGAGGAGGAAAAGGGUGUCUAUCUGACUUUCUUAAACUUCCUGAUCAAUGAUAGCAUUUAUCUCCUUGAUGAAAGUCUUAACAAAAUUCUUGAACUCAAAGAGUUGGAAGCUGAGAUGUCAAAUACCACCGAAUGGGAGCAGAGACCAGCUCAAGAGAGGCAGGAGAGAACCCGACUAUUCCACUCCCAAGAGAAUAUUAUCCAGAUCAAUAUGAAAUUGGCAAACGAGGAUGUUAGUAUGCUGGCAUUUACUUCAGAGCAGAUUACAGCGCCUUUCCUACUUCCUGAGAUGGUUGAGAGAGUGGCCAGCAUGCUCAAUUACUUUUUGUUACAACUUGUGGGCCCCCAAAGAAAAUCUCUUACUCUGAAAGACCCUGAGAAAUAUGAAUUUCGUCCAAAACAGUUGCUGAAGCAGAUUGUCUACAUAUAUGUCCAUUUAGCAAGGGGUGAUACAGAAAAUAUUUUCCCAGCUGCCAUAUCAAAAGAUGGUCGUUCAUACAAUGAGCAGUUAUUUAGCGCUGCAGCAGAUGUUCUUCGAAGAAUUGGGGAAAAUGGGAGGGUAAUACAGGAGUUUGUUCAGCUAGGUGCUAAGGCCAAAGUUGCAGCAUCUGAGGCAAUGGACACUGAAGCUGCUCUUGGAGAGAUACCAGAUGAAUUCCUUGACCCAAUUCAAUACACUUUAAUGAAGGAUCCAGUUAUAUUGCCUUCUUCAAGGAUCACCGUAGACCGACCUGUCAUUCAGAGGCAUCUGCUUAGUGAUAAUACGGACCCUUUCAACCGUUCCCAUCUUACUGCGGACAUGCUGAUUCCAAACAAUGAAUUGAAGGCAAGAAUUGAUGAGUUCAUCAAGUCCCAAGAAAUGAAGAAGCGUGGAAAAAGCCUUGGCGUGGACAGAACAAAGGCGACAAUACAAACCACGAGUAGUAAAAUGUUAAUUGAUUAACAUAUUGGUAUAUGAUUCCGAAAUUCCCGAUGAUUUAAUCGGAGGUUCAUACACGCCAAGACGGUGGAAAUACAUUCUAUAUUAAGACAUGGAAAGUGGUUUGUAAUUAAUGCCUUAGUGAUAUAUCAUUAUUUUCUUAUUGUAAAAAUUUGAUGCCAGGAAUUCAAUUCAUGAGGAUAUUUCAGUUUUCCAAA